AUGUCGACAGCGUUGAGUGCUGCACGUACCAAGACGAAGGGGAAGCGUAUGCUGCGUAACGCGCUAGAUGCGUAUGGAGACGAAGACACGUCUCUAUCCAAGUGGAAUGCCAGGAAGAAACAAGCAGUAGAAGAAGGGAAAUGGCUGUGGAAGGACAGUGUCGUGAGUGCGAACGCUGCGCUUAAGGUCAGAUUCGACAGGGAAGACGUGCGCUCGACGGUCAAGACGCGAUUUGGCGACGUCCAAGCUGCGAUGGAGGAAGAAAUGAGCAACACUAUCCACGUAGAUCAGCAUGGAGGGCAACUACUAAUAGCUAGUGAUCGUCAGUGUUGUUGGAGAGAGCGUAUCGGAGGCAAGGUGUAUCAUUGCAAUAACGUGUUGCCUUCAGACAAGAAGAAGAAUGUGGAGACCAAGCGCUUCUGUCUGUGGCAUGUUAAAGAAUGUGGUUAUGAUGAGCAUCCUACGGACAAGUCUCGUGUUAUUGAAGUGGCAAACGAGUUCGGUAUGUGUCUGCAUUGCUACGAAUCGACUGCGGGUCGUCUCCGUGCGACGCUGCAAAAAGUUCCUCCUCGACUCGGAGUCUUGCAAACGCCAGGCGUAUGUGAGACCAACACUCGUAAAGAAAUAAAACGUGACGUCAUGAUGAAUCUCUGUGCGUGGCACAAAGAGCACUCGGAGAAGUCGUACGUCUGGCGCUGUACGAACCUUGUGCUGAUGCAUCCAAACCUGCAAGGUUCGUGUCUUCCUUUCUGUGGUUUCCACGCUGUGCAAUGUAUCCAAACGUACGGGACGAAAGCACGCACAUGUCCUCCAAUCGACCGGAAGAAUCGCCUCGGAAUGUGUCACAAUCAUCUCGAAGCGUACUUAACCAGUUUAUCCUUCGAGGAACGCGGCAGUAUCGAGCUUAUCGACUCGGAAUUCGACGUGCCUGGCAUCAAAGAAUGCAAGAGAGAAGAAGUCGUGGCUCCCAUCCAGCGACAUCCUCUCGCUCCCAAGUGUCCGCCCCCAAAUUCCAUGGAGUUCACACACGCCGUCGUGGUGCUUCCAUCUCAUCCGCGUCGCUCUUUAUUACAUAAAAUUAUCAAGAACGUGCGUGUGUUAACUACCACAACUAUUAACCAAGUACUUAACCAUCCCAACGCCGUGUCUACCGUCGUUAAGGACGCUCUCUGGCGUCUACAGUUCGUUCGACGAGCUGAGCUCGUCGCCACGCGUAUUCAAAGUAUUUUUCGAGGGAAUCGCGCGCGUCGACGCGUUAAGUUGCUACGUUACGAACACGCUGCGAUAUAUCGGAUAGCAGCGUGUCGUGUGCUCCAGCGGUUCGUACGCGGCUUUAUAGGACGCCGCAAGUUCGAAAAUGAACACGAAAGAGUUCACAACGCUGUGCCACAUAUCCAACGUUUGUUACGUGGUGCGUUAGCGCGGAAAAAGUUUCGCGAGCUUUGUGCUGCGCUUCGUCUACAGCGCAACUUCCGACUGUAUCGACAGCGGAUAUUAGGCAGAACUAUACGGGAGGAAGUAGCGUACAUGCAGGCGUUGCAACGUCAAGCCGAGGUGAAUUAUACAGAUAUGGAGACGCAGCUGAUUACGUUCCGAAGGCUUCGCGCGUAUCGAAUUCUUCGCGCGCAUAUUACGCAGUGGAAACGCCGCCAAGACGUGUACGAGCAGGAGAUGGCGGCGCGUCUGCGUAGUUUAGUAGGGACAGUGAAGAUCCAGCGACAAUGGCGGAGAUAUUAUCGAUAUAAGGAGGUGAAACAGCGAUACGAGAGCGCUAUCCGCAUACAGAAACACGCUCGGGGAUGGCUCACGCGCCGUCUGUGGCGUGGCGACCCUGGCGUCCAUUUCGUUGCGAGUUUUAUCAACCCGUGCAAUGGCUUUAAGUACGGGAAAAUUGUGAUAAAAUCGCAGUCUUCAGGGUCGUAUUCUGUCCCCAGUCGCAAGAUAAGGACACAGUGCGGUGUCAUGACGAUACAGCGUGUCUUUAGGGGAUUUAUAGGACGGUUGACAGCUAAUUCCUGCUGGGUUGCCAUGCUGAGACGUUGGGAAUGGCUUGGGAUUACACCCACGGACGCUAGAGGACAGCUUAGUGACAGUAUGACGGUCGGUCGUGAACGCUACGCACUGCUACUGCCUUCGUUCGCGUAUCAUAAGGACAGAAGUCAACACAUGCGCUCAGUUGCGACCGACCGCGUAGUUAACAGAGGACACGCGUACAAGUAUCAGUACAUCUUGGACUUGAUUAAAGAUCGUGAUGGUCAACGUGGCUGGAGUCUGGCGAGGGAAGAAAUGUACGCGAAGCAGUGGGAAGAAGAGCAGCAAUGGCUACACACGGAGCAAGCUCGUCGAGAAGCCAAAGAGGCUGAAAUUGCGAGCAAAGAAUUGCGACGACAUGUCGUUAAGAAACGAGACCCGUUGGCGCAGUCAAUUUCUAUUUCUAAAGCACUUUUACCUGUUGGCACCUGUGUCGAUGUGGUCGGGAAGAUGGAAGGCGAACGAAUUAUUCGCAGAGCCAAGAUAACUGCAAUUCAUCAGCAGAUAGAAAUGAAUGGAGAAAGAAACGUUAGAUUCGACGUCCAGUACUCUAAGGUACGGCGUUUUAUUCAGUAA